AACUUUUUCUCCAUUUAUAGAACAAAUCUUCAACUUUUUUCUGUAUAAAACUCAGAAAAAAAGGAUCCAUUUUUUUUUAUGUUUUAAUUAUAUUAAUUUUCUUCCUUCUUUAUAUCAAUAAUUAUGAAGAACAAUAAUAAUGGAUGCACAAAGAAGGAACAAUUAGAGUGUAAUUAUCAUAUUAUUCAUAAGCUUCCUCCUGGUGAUAGUCCUUAUGUUAGAGCCAAAUAUGCUCAGCUAGUAGAGAAAGAUGCAGAGGCAGCUAUAGUUCUGUUUUGGAAGGCGAUUAAUGCAGGAGAUAGAGUAGAUAGCGCGUUGAAAGACAUGGCAGUCGUUAUGAAACAACAAGAUCGCGCUGAAGAGGCUAUUGAAGCUAUUAAGUCCUUUAGAGAUCGAUGCUCUAAACAAGCACAAGAAUCAUUAGACAAUGUCCUCAUCGAUUUAUACAAGAAAUGCGGAAAAUUAGAGGAGCAGAUUGAACUGUUGAAGCAAAAGUUACGAAUGAUUUACCAAGGAGAAGUUUUCAAUGGUAAACCUACUAAGACGGCUCGUUCCCAUGGAAGGAAGUUUCAAGUUACUAUCAAGCAAGAAACCUCAAGAAUACUGGGUAAUCUUGGCUGGGCAUAUAUGCAACAAUCAAACUAUGCAGCUGCUGAAGUUGUUUAUCGUAAGGCUCAAGAAAUCGAUCCUGAUGUCAAUAAGGCGUGCAAUCUAUGCACGUGUCUACAAAAACAAUCGCGAUAUACAGAAGCUAGAUCAGUCCUUGAAGACGUUAUACGAGGUAAAAUCUAUGGCUCGGAUGAUCCUAAAUCAAAGAAUCGCGUAGAGGAACUGUUGAAAGAAUUGGAGCCAUUUGGAUACACUUCUCCUUCACCUCAACUCAACUUGGAAGAUGCAUUUCUUGAUGGUCUUGAUCAGUUGAUAAACCAGUAUGCUCCGUUUCGAUCCAGACGACUUCCCAUUUUUGAAGAAAUCUCACCAUGUAGAGAUCAAUUAGCUUGUUGAUCUUUCAUGUUUGAGUGUUAGAAUCAUACUUGUUAAUGAGUUAGUGUAGGUGUAUUAGCUCUUUUGUGUGUCUAUAUGCAUAUAUAAUUUUGGUUGAAAGUUUAAUUAUGACUGACAUUAGUUGUCUGAGGCUUCAUUCUUAUCUCACAAAAAAGCAGACAAUAAUAUGGUUUUGAAGAGUGAUUAUGUUCCUUGUAUAAUGAGUUUUAGUACAUAAAAUGCCUCUUUGAUGUG